AUGAGUGCAUGUGAUGGCAUGAGUGCAUGUGAUGGCAUGAGUGCAUGUGAUGGCAUGACUGCAUGUGAUGGCAUGAGUGCAUGUGAUGGCAUGAGUGCAUGUGAUGGCAUGACUGCAUGUGAUGGCAUGAGUGCAUGUGAUGGCAUGAGUGCAUGUGAUGGCAUGAGUGCAUGUGAUGGCAUGAGUGCAUGUGAUGGCAUGAGUGCAUGUGAUGGCAUGAGUGCAUGUGAUGGCAUGAGUGCAUGUGAUGGCAUGAGUGCAUGUGAUGGCAUGACUGCAUGUGAUGGCAUGACUGCAUGUGAUGGCAUGAGUGCAUGUGAUGGCAUGACUGCAUGUGAUGGCAUGAGUGCAUGUGAUGGCAUGACUGCAUGUGAUGGCAUGAGUGCAUGUGAUGGCAUGAGUGCAUGUGAUGGCAUGAGUGCAUGUGAUGGCAUGAGUGCAUGUGAUGGCAUGAGUGCAUGUGAUGGCAUGAGUGCAUGUGAUGGCAUGAGUGCAUGUGAUGGCAUGAGUGCAUGUGAUGGCAUGACUGCAUGUGAUGGCAUGAGUGCAUGUGAUGGCAUGAGUGCAUGUGAUGGCAUGACUGCAUGUGAUGGCAUGAGUGCAUGUGAUGGCAUGACUGCAUGUGAUGGCAUGAGUGCAUGUGAUGGCAUGAGUGCAUGUGAUGGCAUGACUGCAUGUGAUGGCAUGACUGCAUGUGAUGGCAUGACUGCAUGUGAUGGCAUGACUGCAUGUGAUGGCAUGAGUGCAUGUGAUGGCAUGAGUGCAUGUGAUGGCAUGAGUGCAUGUGAUGGCAUGAGUGCAUGUGAUGGCAUGACUGCAUGUGAUGGCAUGACUGCAUGUGAUGGCAUGAGUGCAUGUGAUGGCAUGAGUGCAUGUGAUGGCAUGAGUGCAUGUGAUGGCAUGACUGCAUGUGAUGGCAUGAGUGCAUGUGAUGGCAUGAGUGCAUGUGAUGGCAUGAGUGCAUGUGAUGGCAUGACUGCAUGUGAUGGCAUGAGUGCAUGUGAUGGCAUGAGUGCAUGUGAUGGCAUGAGUGCAUGUGAUGGCAUGAGUGCAUGUGAUGGCAUGACUGCAUGUGAUGGCAUGACUGCAUGUGAUGGCAUGAGUGCAUGUGAUGGCAUGACUGCAUGUGAUGGCAUGAGUGCAUGUGAUGGCAUGAGUGCAUGUGAUGGCAUGACUGCAUGUGAUGGCAUGACUGCAUGUGAUGGCAUGAGUGCAUGUGAUGGCAUGAGUGCAUGUGAUGGCAUGAGUGCAUGUGAUGGCAUGACUGCAUGUGAUGGCAUGAGUGCAUGUGAUGGCAUGAGUGCAUGUGAUGGCAUGACUGCAUGUGAUGGCAUGAGUGCAUGUGAUGGCAUGAGUGCAUGUGAUGGCAUGAGUGCAUGUGAUGGCAUGACUGCAUGUGAUGGCAUGAGUGCAUGUGAUGGCAUGAGUGCAUGUGAUGGCAUGAGUGCAUGUGAUGGCAUGACUGCAUGUGAUGGCAUGAGUGCAUGUGAUGGCAUGAGUGCAUGUGAUGGCAUGAGUGCAUGUGAUGGCAUGACUGCAUGUGAUGGCAUGACUGCAUGUGAUGGCAUGAGUGCAUGUGAUGGCAUGAGUGCAUGUGAUGGCAUGACUGCAUGUGAUGGCAUGAGUGCAUGUGAUGGCAUGAGUGCAUGUGAUGGCAUGACUGCAUGUGAUGGCAUGACUGCAUGUGAUGGCAUGAGUGCAUGUGAUGGCAUGAGUGCAUGUGAUGGCAUGAGUGCAUGUGAUGGCAUGACUGCAUGUGAUGGCAUGAGUGCAUGUGAUGGCAUGAGUGCAUGUGAUGGCAUGAGUGCAUGUGAUGGCAUGAGUGCAUGUGAUGGCAUGAGUGCAUGUGAUGGCAUGAGUGCAUGUGAUGGCAUGAGUGCAUGUGAUGGCAUGAGUGCAUGUGAUGGCAUGAGUGCAUGUGAUGGCAUGAGUGCAUGUGAUGGCAUGAGUGCAUGUGAUGGCAUGAGUGCAUGUGAUGGCAUGAGUGCAUGUGAUGGCAUGAGUGCAUGUGAUGGCAUGAGUGCAUGUGAUGGCAUGAGUGCAUGUGAUGGCAUGAGUGCAUGUGAUGGCAUGAGUGCAUGUGAUGGCAUGAGUGCAUGUGAUGGCAUGAGUGCAUGUGAUGGCAUGAGUGCAUGUGAUGGCAUGAGUGCAUGUGAUGGCAUGAGUGCAUGUGAUGGCAUGAGUGCAUGUGAUGGCAUGAGUGCAUGUGAUGGCAUGAGUGCAUGUGAUGGCAUGAGUGCAUGUGAUGGCAUGACUGCAUGUGAUGGCAUGAGUGCAUGUGAUGGCAUGAGUGCAUGUGAUGGCAUGACUGCAUGUGAUGGCAUGACUGCAUGUGAUGGCAUGAGUGCAUGUGAUGGCAUGAGUGCAUGUGAUGGCAUGAGUGCAUGUGAUGGCAUGACUGCAUGUGAUGGCAUGAGUGCAUGUGAUGGCAUGAGUGCAUGUGAUGGCAUGAGUGCAUGUGAUGGCAUGAGUGCAUGUGAUGGCAUGACUGCAUGUGAUGGCAUGAGUGCAUGUGAUGGCAUGAGUGCAUGUGAUGGCAUGACUGCAUGUGAUGGCAUGAGUGCAUGUGAUGGCAUGAGUGCAUGUGAUGGCAUGAGUGCAUGUGAUGGCAUGAGUGCAUGUGAUGGCAUGAGUGCAUGUGAUGGCAUGAGUGCAUGUGAUGGCAUGAGUGCAUGUGAUGGCAUGAGUGCAUGUGAUGGCAUGAGUGCAUGUGAUGGCAUGACUGCAUGUGAUGGCAUGAGUGCAUGUGAUGGCAUGAGUGCAUGUGAUGGCAUGAGUGCAUGUGAUGGCAUGACUGCAUGUGAUGGCAUGACUGCAUGUGAUGGCAUGAGUGCAUGUGAUGGCAUGAGUGCAUGUGAUGGCAUGAGUGCAUGUGAUGGCAUGAGUGCAUGUGAUGGCAUGAGUGCAUGUGAUGGCAUGAGUGCAUGUGAUGGCAUGAGUGCAUGUGAUGGCAUGAGUGCAUGUGAUGGCAUGAGUGCAUGUGAUGGCAUGAGUGCAUGUGAUGGCAUGAGUGCAUGUGAUGGCAUGAGUGCAUGUGAUGGCAUGAGUGCAUGUGAUGGCAUGAGUGCAUUUGCAUGUGAUGGCAUGAGUGCAUGUGAUGGCAUGAGUGCAUGUGAUGGCAUGAGUGCAUGUGAUGGCAUGAGUGCAUGUGAUGGCAUGAGUGCAUGUGAUGGCAUGAGUGCAUGUGAUGGCAUGAGUGCAUGUGAUGGCAUGAGUGCAUGUGAUGGCAUGAGUGCAUGUGAUGGCAUGAGUGCAUGUGAUGGCAUGAGUGCAUGUGAUGGCAUGAGUGCAUGUGAUGGCAUGAGUGCAUGUGAUGGCAUGAGUGCAUGUGAUGGCAUGAGUGCAUGUGAUGGCAUGAGUGCAUGUGAUGGCAUGAGUGCAUGUGAUGGCAUGACUGCAUGUGAUGGCAUGAGUGCAUGUGAUGGCAUGAGUGCAUGUGAUGGCAUGACUGCAUGUGAUGGCAUGAGUGCAUGUGAUGGCAUGAGUGCAUGUGAUGGCAUGAGUGCAUGUGAUGGCAUGACUGCAUGUGAUGGCAUGACUGCAUGUGAUGGCAUGAGUGCAUGUGAUGGCAUGAUGCCAUGUGAUGGCAUGAGUGCAUGUGAUGGCAUGAGUGCAUGUGAUGGCAUGAGUGCAUGUGAUGGCAUGAGUGCAUGUGAUGGCAUGAGUGCAUGUGAUGGCAUGAGUGCAUGUGAUGGCAUGAGUGCAUGUGAUGGCAUGAGUGCAUGUGAUGGGCAUGAUGCAUGUGAUGGCAUGAGUGCAUGUGAUGGCAUGACUGCAUGUGAUGGCAUGAGUGCAUGUGAUGGCAUGACUGCAUGUGAUGGCAUGAGUGCAUGUGAUGGCAUGAGUGCAUGUGAUGGCAUGAGUGCAUGUGAUGGCAUGACUGCAUGUGAUGGCAUGAGUGCAUGUGAUGGCAUGAGUGCAUGUGAUGGCAUGACUGCAUGUGAUGGCAUGAGUGCAUGUGAUGGCAUGAGUGCAUGUGAUGGCAUGACUGCAUGUGAUGGCAUGACUGCAUGUGAUGGCAUGAGUGCAUGUGAUGGCAUGAGUGCAUGUGAUGGCAUGACUGCAUGUGAUGGCAUGACUGCAUGUGAUGGCAUGAGUGCAUGUGAUGGCAUGAGUGCAUGUGAUGGCAUGAGUGCAUGUGAUGGCAUGACUGCAUGUGAUGGCAUGACUGCAUGUGAUGGCAUGAGUGCAUGUGAUGGCAUGAGUGCAUGUGAUGGCAUGAGUGCAUGUGAUGGCAUGAGUGCAUGUGAUGGCAUGAGUGCAUGUGAUGGCAUGAGUGCAUGUGAUGGCAUGACUGCAUGUGAUGGCAUGACUGCAUGUGAUGGCAUGAGUGCAUGUGAUGGCAUGAGUGCAUGUGAUGGCAUGAGUGCAUGUGAUGGCAUGACUGCAUGUGAUGGCAUGAGUGCAUGUGAUGGCAUGAGUGCAUGUGAUGGCAUGACUGCAUGUGAUGGCAUGAGUGCAUGUGAUGGCAUGAGUGCAUGUGAUGGCAUGAGUGCAUGUGAUGGCAUGACUGCAUGUGAUGGCAUGAGUGCAUGUGAUGGCAUGAGUGCAUGUGAUGGCAUGAGUGCAUGUGAUGGCAUGAGUGCAUGUGAUGGCAUGACUGCAUGUGAUGGCAUGACUGCAUGUGAUGGCAUGAGUGCAUGUGAUGGCAUGACUGCAUGUGAUGGCAUGAGUGCAUGUGAUGGCAUGACUGCAUGUGAUGGCAUGAGUGCAUGUGAUGGCAUGAGUGCAUGUGAUGGCAUGAGUGCAUGUGAUGGCAUGACUGCAUGUGAUGGCAUGAGUGCAUGUGAUGGCAUGAGUGCAUGUGAUGGCAUGACUGCAUGUGAUGGCAUGAGUGCAUGUGAUGGCAUGACUGCAUGUGAUGGCAUGAGUGCAUGUGAUGGCAUGAGUGCAUGUGAUGGCAUGACUGCAUGUGAUGGCAUGAGUGCAUGUGAUGGCAUGACUGCAUGUGAUGGCAUGAGUGCAUGUGAUGGCAUGAGUGCAUGUGAUGGCAUGACUGCAUGUGAUGGCAUGACUGCAUGUGAUGGCAUGAGUGCAUGUGAUGGCAUGACUGCAUGUGAUGGCAUGAGUGCAUGUGAUGGCAUGAGUGCAUGUGAUGGCAUGACUGCAUGUGAUGGCAUGACUGCAUGUGAUGGCAUGAGUGCAUGUGAUGGCAUGAGUGCAUGUGAUGGCAUGAGUGCAUGUGAUGGCAUGACUGCAUGUGAUGGCAUGAGUGCAUGUGAUGGCAUGAGUGCAUGUGAUGGCAUGAGUGCAUGUGAUGGCAUGACUGCAUGUGAUGGCAUGACUGCAUGUGAUGGCAUGAGUGCAUGUGAUGGCAUGAGUGCAUGUGACGGCAUGAGUGCAUGUGACGGCAUGACUGCAUGUGAUGGCAUGAGUGCAUGUGAUGGCAUGAGUGCAUGUGAUGGCAUGACUGCAUGUGAUGGCAUGAGUGCAUGUGAUGGCAUGACUGCAUGUGAUGGCAUGAGUGCAUGUGAUGGCAUGAGUGCAUGUGAUGGCAUGACUGCAUGUGAUGGCAUGAGUGCAUGUGAUGGCAUGACUGCAUGUGAUGGCAUGAGUGCAUGUGAUGGCAUGAGUGCAUGUGAUGGCAUGACUGCAUGUGAUGGCAUGACUGCAUGUGAUGGCAUGAGUGCAUGUGAUGGCAUGACUGCAUGUGAUGGCAUGAGUGCAUGUGAUGGCAUGAGUGCAUGUGAUGGCAUGACUGCAUGUGAUGGCAUGACUGCAUGUGAUGGCAUGAGUGCAUGUGAUGGCAUGAGUGCAUGUGAUGGCAUGAGUGCAUGUGAUGGCAUGACUGCAUGUGAUGGCAUGAGUGCAUGUGAUGGCAUGAGUGCAUGUGAUGGCAUGAGUGCAUGUGAUGGCAUGACUGCAUGUGAUGGCAUGACUGCAUGUGAUGGCAUGAGUGCAUGUGAUGGCAUGAGUGCAUGUGAUGGCAUGAGUGCAUGUGAUGGCAUGACUGCAUGUGAUGGCAUGAGUGCAUGUGAUGGCAUGAGUGCAUGUGAUGGCAUGACUGCAUUGCAUGUGAUUGGCAUGAGUGCAUGUGAUGGCAUGAGUGCAUGUGAUGGCAUGAGUGCAUGUGAUGGCAUGAGUGCAUGUGAUGGCAUGAGUGCAUGUGAUGGCAUGAGUGCAUGUGAUGGCAUGACUGCAUGUGAUGGCAUGACUGCAUGUGAUGGCAUGAGUGCAUGUGAUGGCAUGACUGCAUGUGAUGGCAUGACUGCAUGUGAUGGCAUGAGUGCAUGUGAUGGCAUGAGUGCAUGUGAUGGCAUGAGUGCAUGUGAUGGCAUGAGUGCAUGUGAUGGCAUGAGUGCAUGUGAUGGCAUGAGUGCAUGUGAUGGCAUGACUGCAUGUGAUGGCAUGAGUGCAUGUGAUGGCAUGACUGCAUGUGAUGGCAUGACUGCAUGUGAUGGCAUGACUGCAUGUGAUGGCAUGACUGCAUGUGAUGGCAUGAGUGCAUGUGAUGGCAUGAGUGCAUGUGAUGGCAUGAGUGCAUGUGAUGGCAUGAUGCAUGUGGAUGGCAUGAGUGCAUGUGAUGGCAUGAGUGCAUGUGAUGGCAUGACUGCAUGUGAUGGCAUGAGUGCAUGUGAUGGCAUGAGUGCAUGUGAUGGCAUGAGUGCAUGUGAUGGCAUGACUGCAUGUGAUGGCAUGAGUGCAUGUGAUGGCAUGAGUGCAUGUGAUGGCAUGAGUGCAUGUGAUGGCAUGACUGCAUGUGAUGGCAUGAGUGCAUGUGAUGGCAUGAGUGCAUGUGAUGGCAUGAGUGCAUGUGAUGGCAUGAGUGCAUGUGAUGGCAUGAGUGCAUGUGAUGGCAUGAGUGCAUGUGAUGGCAUGAGUGCAUGUGAUGGCAUGAGUGCAUGUGAUGGCAUGACUGCAUGUGAUGGCAUGACUGCAUGUGAUGGCAUGACUGCAUGUGAUGGCAUGACUGCAUGUGAUGGCAUGACUGCAUGUGAUGGCAUGAGUGCAUGUGAUGGCAUGAGUGCAUGUGAUGGCAUGAGUGCAUGUGAUGGCAUGAGUGCAUGUGAUGGCAUGAGUGCAUGUGAUGGCAUGAGUGCAUGUGAUGGCAUGAGUGCAUGUGAUGGCAUGAGUGCAUGUGAUGGCAUGAGUGCAUGUGAUGGCAUGAGUGCAUGUGAUGGCAUGACUGCAUGUGAUGGCAUGAGUGCAUGUGAUGGCAUGAGUGCAUGUGAUGGCAUGAGUGCAUGUGAUGGCAUGAGUGCAUGUGAUGGCAUGAGUGCAUGUGAUGGCAUGAGUGCAUGUGAUGGCAUGAGUGCAUGUGAUGGCAUGAGUGCAUGUGAUGGCAUGAGUGCAUGUGAUGGCAUGAGUGCAUGUGAUGGCAUGAGUGCAUGUGAUGGCAUGAGUGCAUGUGAUGGCAUGAGUGCAUGUGAUGGCAUGAGUGCAUGUGAUGGCAUGAGUGCAUGUGAUGGCAUGAGUGCAUGUGAUGGCAUGACUGCAUGUGAUGGCAUGAGUGCAUGUGAUGGCAUGAGUGCAUGUGAUGGCAUGAGUGCAUGUGAUGGCAUGAGUGCAUGUGAUGGCAUGAGUGCAUGUGAUGGCAUGAGUGCAUGUGAUGGCAUGACUGCAUGUGAUGGCAUGAGUGCAUGUGAUGGCAUGAGUGCAUGUGAUGGCAUGACUGCAUGUGAUGGCAUGACUGCAUGUGAUGGCAUGAGUGCAUGUGAUGGCAUGAGUGCAUGUGAUGGCAUGAGUGCAUGUGAUGGCAUGAGUGCAUGUGAUGGCAUGACUGCAUGUGAUGGCAUGACUGCAUGUGAUGGCAUGAGUGCAUGUGAUGGCAUGAGUGCAUGUGAUGGCAUGAGUGCAUGUGAUGGCAUGAGUGCAUGUGAUGGCAUGAGUGCAUGUGAUGGCAUGAGUGCAUGUGAUGGCAUGAGUGCAUGUGAUGGCAUGACUGCAUGUGAUGGCAUGAGUGCAUGUGAUGGCAUGAGUGCAUGUGAUGGCAUGACUGCAUGUGAUGGCAUGAGUGCAUGUGAUGGCAUGACUGCAUGUGAUGGCAUGAGUGCAUGUGAUGGCAUGAGUGCAUGUGAUGGCAUGAGUGCAUGUGAUGGCAUGAGUGCAUGUGAUGGCAUGAGUGCAUGUGAUGGCAUGACUGCAUGUGAUGGCAUGAGUGCAUGUGAUGGCAUGAGUGCAUGUGAUGGCAUGACUGCAUGUGAUGGCAUGAGUGCAUGUGAUGGCAUGAGUGCAUGUGAUGGCAUGACUGCAUGUGAUGGCAUGACUGCAUGUGAUGGCAUGAGUGCAUGUGAUGGCAUGACUGCAUUGCAUGUGAUGGCCAUGACUGCAUGUGAUGGCAUGAGUGCAUGUGAUGGCAUGAGUGCAUGUGAUGGCAUGACUGCAUGUGAUGGCAUGAGUGCAUGUGAUGGCAUGACUGCAUGUGAUGGCAUGAGUGCAUGUGAUGGCAUGAGUGCAUGUGAUGGCAUGAGUGCAUGUGAUGGCAUGAGUGCAUGUGAUGGCAUGACUGCAUGUGAUGGCAUGAGUGCAUGUGAUGGCAUGAGUGCAUGUGAUGGCAUGACUGCAUGUGAUGGCAUGACUGCAUGUGAUGGCAUGAGUGCAUGUGAUGGCAUGAGUGCAUGUGAUGGCAUGAGUGCAUGUGAUGGCAUGAGUGCAUGUGAUGGCAUGAGUGCAUGUGAUGGCAUGAGUGCAUGUGAUGGCAUGAGUGCAUGUGAUGGCAUGAGUGCAUGUGAUGGCAUGACUGCAUGUGAUGGCAUGAGUGCAUGUGAUGGCAUGAGUGCAUGUGAUGGCAUGAGUGCAUGUGAUGGCAUGAGUGCAUGUGAUGGCAUGAGUGCAUGUGAUGGCAUGAGUGCAUGUGAUGGCAUGAGUGCAUGUGAUGGCAUGAGUGCAUGUGACGGCAUGACUGCAUGUGAUGGCAUGAGUGCAUGUGAUGGCAUGAGUGCAUGUGAUGGCAUGACUGCAUGUGAUGGCAUGAGUGCAUGUGAUGGCAUGACUGCAUGUGAUGGCAUGAGUGCAUGUGAUGGCAUGAGUGCAUGUGAUGGCAUGACUGCAUGUGAUGGCAUGAGUGCAUGUGAUGGCAUGACUGCAUGUGAUGGCAUGAGUGCAUGUGAUGGCAUGAGUGCAUGUGAUGGCAUGACUGCAUGUGAUGGCAUGACUGCAUGUGAUGGCAUGAGUGCAUGUGAUGGCAUGACUGCAUGUGAUGGCAUGAGUGCAUGUGAUGGCAUGAGUGCAUGUGAUGGCAUGACUGCAUGUGAUGGCAUGACUGCAUGUGAUGGCAUGAGUGCAUGUGAUGGCAUGAGUGCAUGUGAUGGCAUGAGUGCAUGUGAUGGCAUGACUGCAUGUGAUGGCAUGAGUGCAUGUGAUGGCAUGAGUGCAUGUGAUGGCAUGAGUGCAUGUGAUGGCAUGACUGCAUGUGAUGGCAUGACUGCAUGUGAUGGCAUGAGUGCAUGUGAUGGCAUGAAUGCAUGUGAUGGCAUGAGUGCAUGUGAUGGCAUGAGUGCAUGUGAUGGCAUGAGUGCAUGUGAUGGCAUGACUGCAUGUGAUGGCAUGAGUGCAUGUGAUGGCAUGAGUGCAUGUGAUGGCAUGAGUGCAUGUGAUGGCAUGAGUGCAUGUGAUGGCAUGACUGCAUGUGAUGGCAUGAGUGCAUGUGAUGGCAUGAGUGCAUGUGAUGGCAUGAGUGCAUGUGAUGGCAUGACUGCAUGUGAUGGCAUGAGUGCAUGUGAUGGCAUGAGUGCAUGUGAUGGCAUGAGUGCAUGUGAUGGCAUGAGUGCAUGUGAUGGCAUGACUGCAUGUGAUGGCAUGAGUGCAUGUGAUGGCAUGAGUGCAUGUGAUGGCAUGAGUGCAUGUGAUGGCAUGACUGCAUGUGAUGGCAUGACUGCAUGUGAUGGCAUGAGUGCAUGUGAUGGCAUGAGUGCAUGUGAUGGCAUGAGUGCAUGUGAUGGCAUGAGUGCAUGUGAUGGCAUGAGUGAAUGUGAUGGCAUGAGUGCAUGUGAUGGCAUGAGUGCAUGUGAUGGCAUGAGUGCAUGUGAUGGCAUGAGUGCAUGUGAUGGCAUGAGUGCAUGUGAUGGCAUGAGUGCAUGUGAUGGCAUGACUGCAUGUGAUGGCAUGAGUGCAUGUGAUGGCAUGAGUGCAUGUGAUGGCAUGAGUGCAUGUGAUGGCAUGAGUGCAUGUGAUGGCAUGAGUGCAUGUGAUGGCAUGAGUGCAUGUGAUGGCAUGAGUGCAUGUGAUGGCAUGAGUGCAUGUGAUGGCAUGAGUGCAUGUGAUGGCAUGAGUGCAUGUGAUGGCAUGAGUGCAUGUGAUGGCAUGACUGCAUGUGAUGGCAUGAGUGCAUGUGAUGGCAUGACUGCAUGUGAUGGCAUGAGUGCAUGUGAUGGCAUGAGUGCAUGUGAUGGCAUGACUGCAUGUGAUGGCAUGAGUGCAUGUGAUGGCAUGACUGCAUGUGAUGGCAUGAGUGCAUGUGAUGGCAUGAGUGCAUGUGAUGGCAUGACUGCAUGUGAUGGCAUGACUGCAUGUGAUGGCAUGACUGCAUGUGAUGGCAUGAGUGCAUGUGAUGGCAUGAGUGCAUGUGAUGGCAUGAGUGCAUGUGAUGGCAUGAGUGCAUGUGAUGGCAUGACUGCAUGUGAUGGCAUGACUGCAUGUGAUGGCAUGAGUGCAUGUGAUGGCAUGAGUGCAUGUGAUGGCAUGAGUGCAUGUGAUGGCAUGACUGCAUGUGAUGGCAUGAGUGCAUGUGAUGGCAUGAGUGCAUGUGAUGGCAUGAGUGCAUGUGAUGGCAUGACUGCAUGUGAUGGCAUGAGUGCAUGUGAUGGCAUGAGUGCAUGUGAUGGCAUGAGUGCAUGUGAUGGCAUGAGUGCAUGUGAUGGCAUGACUGCAUGUGAUGGCAUGACUGCAUGUGAUGGCAUGAGUGCAUGUGAUGGCAUGACUGCAUGUGAUGGCAUGAGUGCAUGUGAUGGCAUGAGUGCAUGUGAUGGCAUGACUGCAUGUGAUGGCAUGACUGCAUGUGAUGGCAUGAGUGCAUGUGAUGGCAUGAGUGCAUGUGAUGGCAUGAGUGCAUGUGAUGGCAUGACUGCAUGUGAUGGCAUGAGUGCAUGUGAUGGCAUGAGUGCAUGUGAUGGCAUGACUGCAUGUGAUGGCAUGAGUGCAUGUGAUGGCAUGAGUGCAUGUGAUGGCAUGACUGCAUGUGAUGGCAUGACUGCAUGUGAUGGCAUGAGUGCAUGUGAUGGCAUGAGUGCAUGUGAUGGCAUGAGUGCAUGUGAUGGCAUGACUGCAUGUGAUGGCAUGAGUGCAUGUGAUGGCAUGAGUGCAUGUGAUGGCAUGAGUGCAUGUGAUGGCAUGACUGCAUGUGAUGGCAUGAGUGCAUGUGAUGGCAUGAGUGCAUGUGAUGGCAUGAGUGCAUGUGAUGGCAUGAGUGCAUGUGAUGGCAUGACUGCAUGUGAUGGCAUGAGUGCAUGUGAUGGCAUGAGUGCAUGUGAUGGCAUGACUGCAUGUGAUGGCAUGAGUGCAUGUGAUGGCAUGAGUGCAUGUGAUGGCAUGACUGCAUGUGAUGGCAUGACUGCAUGUGAUGGCAUGAGUGCAUGUGAUGGCAUGAGUGCAUGUGAUGGCAUGAGUGCAUGUGAUGGCAUGACUGCAUGUGAUGGCAUGAGUGCAUGUGAUGGCAUGAGUGCAUGUGAUGGCAUGAGUGCAUGUGAUGGCAUGAGUGCAUGUGAUGGCAUGAGUGCAUGUGAUGCAUGA